AUGGUCAAAAUGCGCAGGGACUGGAAUUGGAGCUAUGAUCAGAGUGAAUCUCUUUCGACACCCACAUUGAAGACCAUCGAUUCUUUUGAUGCCAGAAGAGUGGCUGUCGAUAAAUCACUGAAUGGCCCUUCGGACAUCAUGUCGUUGUAUAACGAGGAGGACAUCUUCGAAUAUCGCCUCGUUCCCGUGACGAACAAAUUCGCCAGUAUCUUUCGGUUCGACCGGGAUGACGACCCCGUACCACCAACCACUCUCGAUGCUGAUCAUAGUUCUUCCAAUCCUAACCUCUCACGGCUACCCACUCCCGACAUUGAUCAUACUGCACCCGAGUCAGAUUCCGACCCCGUGCCGCCCAACAUUAUUGGUCAUAUUGUGUCCGAUUCCAACUCCUUACCACCUGCCACUUCUGAGGUCGAUCAUUCUGCACCUAAUUCCGAUGUCGCUACAUCAGAUGUCGGUCUUUCUGAGCCCCAACCCCACUUAUCUGCGCAAACGACAGCUCUGUUUCUGAUGCAGACUCCCCAGCAUCAGACACAGAUCAUCCACUCGCAGAUGCCGGUACCGAAGCUGACAUAG